CUGCUCGCCCUCUUCGGCGACCAGUUCGCGACCCAAUUUAUGAGGGAGACGCUCAUUUGGCCUGACCACGUCAUCUUCGCCAUGGCGCCGCUCGGCAUACUGACGGCCGUUAUCGGUGCCAUCCGCGUCGGCGGGCCCAGCUGGGCGCGCGCCGUAGUCGGGCGCGCGCGCGAGACUCGCGCCGCCGCCGAGCUCGAGCUCAUGUCGUCGACGUCGCACGAGGUCUGCGAGCUCUUCAACGGCCGGUACAUCGUGCGGUCGCUAGGCAAGCCGUCUCUAGAGCAGUUCCUCUACCUCUGGCGCGGGAGCGGUGAAGAUGCGCGGCGCGAGAUCCACACCAUGGAGUCGGCCGUUCGGGAGGGGCUUGUCAAGAACGAUGCCAAACAGAAUUCCGACCCGGAAUCUGACGGCACCUAUAACGACUCUGCAGCCCCCAAUGUCGUUUUGAACCUCUCGGACUACUCGCGAGAGGCAGCACAGCAAGGCUGGAAGCUGCUGUCUAUUGCGAUUGUCAGCACGAUCAUCCAGGCUGCUGUACUCGCGAUAUCUGCGCUGUCGGUCUACAACGAAGAUGUGGCCUCCCGAGUGGGCGAACCGAGCGCUCCCUACGGAUUUCCCCUCUUCGUCUCGGGGACGGUCAGCCUCGUGGUCGGAAUGAUAUUGUGCUCGUGGACCAUCGAGAGGAGCACCUCGGAGCGGCUGUGGUACCGCGUCAGCAGCCCGAGCAACGAUGCCCAGGCCACGGGCACCAAGGACAGCGACAAGAUCGGCAUCGUAUGGUUGCAGAGGGACCAGCGCGUCAGCGACCAGAAAUUCGCAGCAUUCGCAAUCCACGGCGGGUGGAAGGAGAGCAUCAUCACGUCCACGCGGAGAGACACGCAGACGAGCGCCGACCCGAGGCAGGGGGCGGCCUUCAACUACCUGCUCGCGCUCUCCGGCGCCUUUUUCGGACUGGUCGGCUUCAUCAUCCAGUUCCAAGGCCUCCGCGGACUGACCUGGCCGUCCUCGGUUGCUCAACUUACUGCCAUUGCAAUCAUGGCCGUGCUUAGGGCCUUCGUUCGACGCAAGAUCGGCAAUAAACCCCCUGCGCAUCAGAUGCACGAGGGACACGAGCUGGACUGGCUUGCGUGCAAUCUC